AUGGCUGCGCUGCGGAGGCUCCUGUGGCCGCCGCCUCGGCUCCCGCCUCCGCCCUCCCCUCACCAUCCCUUUCCGGGGCCGUGGGGGCGGCCGGCGGGGAUAGCCCCGGGCCCGGCUGGCCGGCCCUUCUCCUGCCGGGAGGAGGAAGACGGGGCUGUGGCGGAGGCGGCUUGGCGGCGGCGGAGGCGCUGGGGCGAGCUGAGCAUCGCGGCAGCAGCCGGCGGGGGGCUGGUCGGCCUCGUGUGCUACCAGCUGUACGGGGACCCCAGGGCCGACUCCGCGUGGGCCCCCGCCCUCGCGCGCCCCUCGGACAGCUCGGUCUCGGAGCCGGAGGACCCGCCCCGCGGCCGGGGGCUGAUUCCCAUCCCGGUGGCGGCUGCCAAGGAAACGGUUGCUGUCAACAGAACAGACAUUGAAGACUUAGACCUCUAUGCUACAUCUCGGGAAAGGAGAUUUCGUUUGUUUGCCUCUAUAGAAUGUGAGGGACAGUUAUUCAUGACUCCGUAUGAUUUUAUUUUGGCUGUUACAACAGAUGAGCCCAAAUUUGCUAAGACGUGGAAGUCACUUACCAAACAGGAAUUAAAUCAAAUGCUCUCAGAAACACCACCAGUUUGGAAAGGAUCAUCAAAGCUUUUUCGCAGUCUUAAAGAAAGAGGUGUGAUUUCUUACACAGAAUAUCUUUUUCUUUUAUGUAUUUUAACAAAGCCACAUGCAGGUUUUAGAAUAGCUUUCAACAUGUUUGACACUGAUGGCAAUGAGAUGGUGGAUAAAAAGGAGUUUUUGGUGCUUCAAGAGAUAUUCAGGAAAAAAAAUGAAAAGAGAGAAACCAAAGGAGAUGAAGAGAAGCGUGCAGCGCUGCGUCUUCAACUUUAUGGAUACCAUUCUCCUACUAAUAGUGUACUUAAGACAGAUGCUGAGGAACUUGUCUCCAGAAGCUAUUGGGAUACACUGAGACGUAAUACAAGCCAAGCACUCUUUUCAGACCUUGCAGAGCGUGCUGAUGACAUUACAAGUUUAGUAACAGAUACUACACUUCUUGUGCACUUUUUUGGAAAGAAAGGAAAAGCUGAACUCAACUUUGAAGAUUUUUAUAGAUUCAUGGAUAACCUACAAACAGAAGUUCUAGAAAUAGAAUUCCUUUCUUACUCUAAUGGGAUGACCACUAUCAGUGAAGAAGAUUUUGCUCAUAUUCUUUUACGGUAUACAAAUGUGGAAAAUACAUCAGUAUUUUUGGAAAAUGUGCGUUACAGUAUACCUGAAGAAAAGGGCAUCACAUUUGAUGAAUUCAGGUCAUUUUUCCAGUUUCUGAACAACUUAGAAGACUUUGCAAUAGCCUUGAAUAUGUAUAACUUUGCAAGUCGCUCUAUAGGGCAAGAUGAAUUUAAGCGCGCCGUCUAUGUAGCUACUGGCCUCAAACUUUCACCACAUUUAGUGAACACAGUCUUCAAGAUUUUUGACGUUGACAAAGAUGAUCAAUUAAGUUAUAAAGAAUUUAUUGGAAUUAUGAAAGACAGACUCCAUAGAGGAUUCCGGGGUUACAAAACCGUUCAGAAGUAUCCCACUUUCAAAUCCUGUCUAAAGAAGGAACUUCACAGCAGAUAGGUACUUCUAAAGCAAAGUUUAAAGGAUUAUUGUCUACAUGAUGAUGCAAGAAGCGAAAAUUUCAGAGAGUAAAAGCAGGUCUCAGAUCAGAACAUGUAGAAAUGAAGGAAAAGAUGAAACGCUAAUUGUAGUUUUUCUUGAUUCUUGAACAUAAGACAGAUAAAAUGCAUCUUCUCACUAACUUGUAAAUGUUAUGUGUUAUCAAGUCGAGCUUUUGCAUUGAUUUACCGAACUCUGUACUUUUUCAUUCCUUUCAGAAGUAUAUAGAUACUUCCAAUGACUAUGUAAGAAUGUAUUUUAAGUAUUUUUUAUUUAUUAGAAAUUUGCCUCAUUUCAAAAUAAUAUAUGACUCCUGGAAUCUAGAGCACUUAAAAAUUAACAGCAACAUAUUUUCUUUGGUUUUAAACUGUGAACUUAUUUUCAGAAAAAUGAGUUAUUACUUGAGAUUUAUCCUAGGCCUUUAGAAUUGUUGAUGAAUCCCCAUUAUUACCAGGUUUUUAAUUACAUUUAAAUAAUUUGGAAAAACAAAAGUGAGCUACUAUGUAAUAUGAUGGUUUACAUUGUACUUUUAACUUUUAAAAGUACUUAACAUGUACUGUGUGAAUCAGAGUUUUUAAAAAGUUUUUGUUCAUUUGCCAAAGUCAUCCGGAUGUCUGAUACUAUGUGUAUAGUAAAGCAGUUUCAAACGUACAUAUUUUUUUCCUCAAAAACCUCACAUCUUCACAGUAGAAACCGUGGUAGUGACAGCACGGCCAUCUGUAAUGUGCCGCCGCUGCUGGCAGGUGGCGCGUGGCGGUGGCUCAGUCGGAGUGCUGUCUUGCGCGGGCCAUGCGGUGCCGCGCAGCGUUGGGGGUGUAAGAUGACAUAAGAUGACGUAAGACAACAUGUGAGUCACGGCUGCAUUUGUCGAAGGUGAUGUUUUGUUUCUCACAAAAGGACCACUUUGGAAAAAGUGAGGCCAAACAGCCGAUCGUAAUGAAUAACUAAAUUCAUUAUUUCAAAAUAAUAUUUCAAAUUCACUAAGUCAAAAGACUUAAAGAGAAAAAACUUUCU